AUGGCUGCACUGACUGGCUGGAAUAUCCAAAAUGGCGCGUGCUGGGAGGGCGGAGUGGGCAAGGGGGGACCCCAGUGCCUCGCCAGUUUCCAGGACCCGCACGCCGCACUGGGCGUCCGCCGCGGCGCUUCGCUUGCUGAGGUCAAGCGGCGCUACCGGGAGCUCGCCAAGCUGCACCACCCUGAUCGUAACCCGGCAGACCGCGAGGGCGCGGAGCAGCGCUUCAAGGCCGUGAGCCACGCCUACGUUCAACUGCUUGGGUGCCGGGUCUCUGGCGUCGAUGCGCUCCGCGAGGAGCGACGACUCGAGAAUGAGCAGGCGCUCGAGAAGCUGCUCAGUUCCCGCCCCGGCGUGCUCGAAGACACCACUCGGCACCCUGCAGGCGGAGACACAUGA